AGGCUUCCAAUAGCCCGGCCCUUCAAAUCUAGAUCUGCCAGAGAGAACCCACCUUCUGGGUGGCCAGUGACCAGACCUUACCCCAGGAUGGGGACUGUGUCCAGAGCAGCCUGGGUCUUGGCCUGUUUGGCUGUCGCUUCUGCCGCCUCCGAGGGAGGCCUCAAGGGUCCAGGGCAAAGGGAGCUGAGGCCGGAGCACUUCAGGCAGCACCUUCACGAAGUUGGCUAUGCAGCACCCCCCUCCCCACCUCUGAUCCAAAGCCUUCCUAUGGAUCACCCUGACACCUCUCAGCAUGGCCGUCCCUUGGAGGGACAGAGGGGAGUGCAGCCCCCUCACCCUCAGGAAGCCAUCCCUGCCCAGGAGGAAGAGCUGCCCCCUCCACAAUUCCCUGGAAAGAAAGUGGACCCCCCUCACCCUCAGGAAGCCAUCCCUCUCCAAGAGGAAGAGCUGCCCCCUCCCCAACUCACUGUUGAACAGGAAGAAGAAAAGCCAGCUCCAUCCAUGAGCCAAUCCCAUCCAAAUCCUGAGUCUUGGAAUCCAGCCCAGCACUGCCAACAGGGCCGACCCCGAGGGGGCUGGAGCCACCGGCUGGAUGGCUUCCCCCCAGGGAGGCCUUCUCCAGACAAUCUGAACCAGAUCUGCCUUCCUGACCGUCAGCACGUGGUAUACGGGCCCUGGAACCUGCCACAGUCUGGCUACUCCCACCUUACUCGCCAGGGUGAGACCCUCAAUUUCCUGGAGACUGGAUACUCCCGCUGCUGCCGCUGCCACAGCCACACAAACCGCCUAGACUGUGCAAAACUCGUGUGGGAGGACGCAAUGACCCGGUUCUGUGAGGCCGAGUUCUCGGUCAAGACUCGAGCCCACUGGUGCUGCAAACGGCGGGGGGAGGCUCGAUUCUCCUGCUUCCAGGAGGAAGCUCCCCAGCCACACUACCAGCUCCAGGCCUGCCCUGGCCACCAGUCUCGUAUUUCCUCGGGCCCCGAGCUGCCUUUUCCCCCUGGGGUGCCGACAUUGGCCAAUAUCAAGAACAUCUGCCACCUGAGACGCUUCCGCUCUGUGCCACGAAACCUCCCAGCUACUGACCCCAUACAAAGGCAGCUACAGGCUCUGACUUGGCUGGAGGGGGAGUUCCAGCACUGCUGCCGCCAGGGGAACAACCACACCUGUACAUGGAAGGCAUGGGAGGAUACCCUUGAUCGAUACUGUGACCAGGAGCAUGCAGUAAAGACCCAUCACCAUCCGUGUUGCCACCACCCUCCUAGCCCUGCUCGCGAUGAGUGCUUUGCCCGUCGGGCCCCCUACCCCAACUAUGACCGGGACAUCUUGACCAUUGACAUCAGCCGAGUCACCCCCAACCUUAUGGGCCAUCUCUGUGGAAAACAAAGAGUUCUCACCAAGCAUAAACAGAUUCCUGGGCUGAUCCACAACAUGACUGCCCUCUGCUGUGAACUGCCAUUUCCAGAACAAGCCUGCUGCGCCGAGGAGGAGAAACUAGCCUUCAUCGAAGACCUGUGUGGUCCCCGACGGAACUUCUGGCGAGACCCUGCCUUCUGUUGUGACCUGAAUCCUGGGGAUGAGCAGGUCAACUGUUUCAACACCAAUUAUCUGAGGAAUGUGGCUCUAGUGGCUGGAGAUACUGGGAAUGCCAAAGGCCAGGGGGAGCAGGGCACAACUGGGGGAACAAAUAUCAGCUCCACCCUUGAGCCCAAGGAAGAAUGAGUCACCCUAGAGCCUUGGAGAAUUGGAUGGGGGAACCCAUCCCCGCCCACCCCACCCUCCUCCAACACUCAUUAUAGUAAACACCUCUCCGAUUUGG